GCUGGCGAGCCGGCCUGCGGGAGGCGAGGCUCCCCCGGUCUCCCCGGCCAACCAGUAGACCGAGCCCCGGGAGGGAAGUUGCCGCAGCCGCCCGGGCCGCCGGCCCCUCCGUCCCCCCGGCCAGGUACACAGUUUCUCCUAGCAUGACUGCGGUCUGAUCAGCAACUCAUAACUUGACUCCCGUAUCUGGGGCCACGGUGCUGGGGCCUGGUCGCUGCCCACAACUGCAGAGCUGCGAUGGUUACCCCCUUUACUCCCACCCCUGCGAAUUCCGAGCCCCAGUUCACAGCCAUGAAUGAACCACAGUGCUUCUACAAUGAGUCCAUUGCCUUCUUUUAUAACCGGAGUGGAAAGUAUCUUGCCACAGAAUGGAACACAGUCAGCAAGCUGGUGAUGGGACUUGGAAUCACAGUUUGUAUCUUCAUCAUGUUGGCCAACCUACUGGUCAUGGUAGCAAUCUAUGUCAACCGCCGCUUCCAUUUUCCUAUUUAUUACUUAAUGGCUAAUUUGGCUGCUGCAGACUUCUUUGCUGGGUUGGCUUACUUCUACCUAAUGUUCAACACAGGACCCAACACUCGGAGAUUGACUGUCAGCACGUGGCUCCUCCGCCAGGGCCUCAUUGACACCAGCCUGACAGCGUCUGUGGCCAACUUACUGGCUAUUGCAAUUGAGAGGCACAUUACAGUUUUCCGCAUGCAGCUCCACACACGGAUGAGCAACCGGCGGGUCGUGGUGGUAAUCGUGGUCAUCUGGACGAUGGCCAUCGUUAUGGGUGCCAUACCCAGUGUGGGCUGGAACUGCAUCUGCGAUAUUGAAAAUUGUUCCAACAUGGCGCCCCUCUACAGUGACUCUUACUUAGUCUUCUGGGCCAUUUUCAACUUGGUGACCUUUGUCGUCAUGGUGGUUCUCUAUGCUCAUAUCUUUGGCUAUGUUCGUCAGAGGACUAUGAGAAUGUCUCGGCAUAGUUCUGGACCCCGGCGGAAUCGGGAUACUAUGAUGAGUCUUCUGAAGACUGUGGUCAUUGUGCUUGGUGCCUUUAUCAUCUGCUGGACCCCUGGACUGGUCUUGUUACUUCUUGAUGUGUGCUGUCCCCAGUGUGACGUCCUGGCCUAUGAGAAGUUUUUCCUUCUGCUUGCCGAGUUCAACUCCGCCAUGAACCCCAUCAUCUACUCCUACCGCGACAAGGAGAUGAGUGCCACCUUCAGGCAGAUCCUUUGCUGCCAGCGCAGUGACACCACCAGCGGCCCCGCGGAAGGCUCUGACCGCUCGGCUUCCUCCCUCAACCACACCAUCCUGGCUGGAGUUCACAGCAAUGACCACUCUGUGGUUUAGAAAGGAAACUAAGAGGCGCAGUCAACCAUCAGCGAUCGAGGGAUGAACAGCUCCCCCUCCCCAAAUGCCAGGGCAAGGUGGGGUGUGAGAGAGGAAAAACAAACUCAUGUACUUAAACACUAACCAAUGGCAGUAUUUGCUCCUAGACCCAACCAGACUUGAGAUACGUUGGAAGUUAGCUUAUGUGACAACCCUCAUCCUGAUCCCCACUGCUUUUGAAAGUAGAAAGUGGAGAUCAUGCCAUGAAAUCCAUAAGAGACUCCGGAGUGUCCAUGUAGACUACACUAACUAGACUUCAAAAGAUUUUGUGUGGUUUGGUGCAAGUCAGAAUAAAUUCUGACUGAUUGAAUCCACAACUUCAUCUACAUACAUACAGGCUUCCCUUUUUUAUAUUUCUAAAGGAUACAUUUCAUUUAAUAAACAUGUUUAUGCCUGUCAGCAUGCUUGUGAUGGAUAAGGCUGUAGGCUGUUUUUAAACUAUUGUAACUCCAUUUUUUUCCUUAAGUAGGAAAAUUGUAAAUUAGAAUUAUUUUUUAGAGAGCAUGCAUGUAAUAUAUGUAUGCAAUAUGCCUUACUUAAAAAGAUAAAAGGGUAUUCAUUUUAAAUCUUCCAGGAAAUAGAAGAACCUAGAUGUCAAACCCAGUAUUUAGGUUAAGAAACAAUGCUCUAAUCAUAAUAUUACCUUCUUGUCAAAGUGUGAUAACACAUCUAAAACAGGGAAUGUAAGUUUAUUACCAAAAGAAUAUGUAGUCUAAAAAAAAUCAUAGAAGAUGAAGCACAUAUUUAUAAUACCCAAGUGCAUUCUAAUUAUCAGUACGUCAGAAAAAUUUUUAAUAGCCUGUGUUUUUCUGUAUUAUAAAAUAAUACAUAGUCAUUGUAGAAAACUUGAAAAAUGCAGAACUGUAUAAAACAGAAAACGUAAUUACUGGUAAUAUCUUGACCCAGAAGUAACCUCCGUUAACUCCCGUAACCACAGCUUUCCCCCCGUGUAUGCCUCUAUGUGUAUUACAGGCCUUUUUUAUAUAAUUGGGGUCAUAUGUAAACAAUUUUAUAACCGUUUUUGUUUUCCACUGCAAAGUUGCCACAUUUUCAUAUGGCAUUAAAUGUUUUACAAAAACAUCAUGUUAGUGGCUAUAUAAUAUUCCAUUUAAUGGGUGCAACUCCGUUUAUUUAACCAUUCCCACAUGGUUGACUACUUAAGUCAUUUCUAAUUUUUGCUAUUAUAAAUAAUGUUGCAAAAAUUUUGUGUACAUAAAACUUUGUCCAUAUAAUUGAUUAUUUACUUAAGACAUAUUCCCAUGAAGGAUUUUUUUUUUUUAAUGUGAACUGUCUUUUUAAGCUCUUACCUUUUAUAAAAAGGGAUUUCCUGCUUUGCUCCGCGUGGGUGGCAAUUGUGAGGAAAGCCAGUUAAAUUACCUUUUUACAAAUGAAAUGCAGUGGUCACUUUAGUUGAGAGUGACUUUUUUUUUUUUCUAUAACAAGAUGGACUAAAAGCAGUCAAUUGUCACAAAUAACCAGGAUGCCCUAAUUAAUAUGUCUAGCUAUCCCAAUUUUGUUUGAGGAGCCAAUUUCUGGCCCUUGGUAGCCACAGCUGUAAUGUAGAAGUGAAGACAAUGCGAAGAAAUCAAACAUGCCAAGAGAAUAAAGGAUCUUCAUAAUAAAUAGCUGGGGCCCCUCCUGUAGCACAUGGGUGAGUGUGUCAGUGUGUGACUGGAUACUGUGUAUUCUCUAGGAAUCACCUCUAAUAGAGUCCCACCAUCAUGGGUGAUACUUGUUUAAUGAAUUGUCCAGAUGACCUAGUAAUUGCACCAGUUUGUUACAAGAAGUAGCCAGUAAAGUCACAGUCAUGAAGCAGGUAUCGGAAAGUUGGGAGUACGUUUCAGAGAAAGAUGUCCAGGAGAAUCAUCGUUUAGGAAGGAAGAAGUCAGUUCAGUCUGCAUCUGAGCAGAGGGCAGACCAGUAAGGCACCCGCGGCGGAAAGGACAUGGGGAACCAAUUAGGAGAAACGUGCUUGCACAUACUUUAUACAAAGUACAGAGCAUUUUAUGUUGGAAGUGAAAGAAAUGAACUUGGACUUUCAUGUGCAUAUAUUCUGGACUAUUUGAAUUAAAAACAUACUAAUUGGACCUUAAUAAAUUCAUUUUCAAUCAGUG